AUCUUUAAGCAUUUUUAAAAUAUUUUUUGCAAGGUCUCUGUCUCAUGAAACAGUCGAUCGUUUGUAUAUAUGAAAAUUUAGAUAUUCAAUACUUUGAACUUCGAUAAAACGACUAAUUGAUUAAAUAAUUUAAUAUUCUUUAUUUUAUUAUCCUAUGAGACGUAAGAAACGUAUUCCAUGUACAUAUAUAUUGGUUGGGUAAAAUAGCAAUAACAAAAAUUCUCAACACUUUUUGUUUCAGGUGUUCACCGUGUGGUCCCAUGGUAUGCUACAAAUAUGAAGACUGCGGUCCACCAAAAGGAAAAACCGCAGAAGGGGUUUCUAAAGGCGAGGAGGGUGGCGCUGAAAAAAAGGAUGAAAAAGAAAAUCAGCUGAAAAGAACCAAAAGCCGGGAACUGCGGGGAGGGGUCAUGUAUUAUAGCUGCCAUUGCAUCAAACGAAAUGGACUUCAGCAUGAUUGCCGUCGAACCGGUUGCGGUGGCGAGCCGGCUUGUUUGGUAUUACCUGAUCCAGUGUGUGCUCCGAGUCAGCUAGCUCGCGCUCGAGGCCUUGCAGACCCUGCACCUUUUGCAGCACAUCUUAAUGCACAAGGUGGUGGUGCGUCUGGAAGCGCCGCAGAUUCUGGCUCUAGUGGCGGAAAAAAGUUUAUAGUAUGUGAACUGAAAGGAAUCGUACCAGACAUAUCGACGGACAAAGGAGGCAAAUGCUGUAAGUGUCCAGUUUCUACACAAGGUUCUAUUAUCACUUCUGUCAAUGUAAAAACUGAUCAUCAUCCAACCAUUUCUAAAUGUCCCUGCGGCGCAAACUCUGGCAGAGCUGAUGUUCAACCACCGCUUGUUCUUGACAAGAAACUCAUAGAAUCUAUAUUAAAAUGUUUUGAGGCUAAAGAAUUGGCUCAAAAUGAUAUAGUUUUAGGACCAGGUGGCCGUGUUCGGAAAACUUCAACAUCCAUUAAAAAGGAUGAACCUUGUACGAGACCAGGUUGUAUACACUGGCAACCGCCGCCGCCUUGUAUGUGGGAUGCUCCUUGCAAAGCAGACUGUUUUGAAGCUCGGCCGGGAAUCCAACCUGGCCGUAAUCAAAUGAAAGAGGGCGGUGUUCUUGGUGUAAACCAACCAUUGGGACAAGAUGUUGGAGAACUAAAUAAACCUCAUCAAAUAAACCAACCUAUAAAAUUAUUAACACCAAACUGUUGCACAGGUUGCUCUACGUCGGGAGGCGGUGGCGGUCCAUCGAGCAGUGGUGGCCAAAUGGCAGGCCUGCCCGUAAUGGUGAUGAAGCUCUGUUAGCAUCUAGCUGAAGUUCUAAAAGCUUAAGAAAAAGUGAAAACUACCAAUAGGUACCAUUACUUAUCAAAUAAAUGUUUUUUUUAUUCAUUGUUUUUUAUUCAUUGUAGUUUCAGUGAGAAACAUCUUAAUUUUCUUUAAUACCUUUAUAUUGUCACGCAAAGACUACUGGACCGAACUUAAAAAGAUUUAGUUUAUAUGGGUUUAGCAUUAAAGCUCUUAGUAAUGACUGAUGAAUUUGUAUGUAUGAUUGAGAAGUUCGCGGCCUCGGCAAGAAAAGAAUAUAAAAUAUAAGUAAAAGUAAUUUU